AUGUUGAUAAUCUUGAGCAAGAAGACGGACGGAGCCCCUGAACUGCGUACAGCCAUCGCCAAUCUCCUUGGAGAUGAGGCUCAAGUGCUCAGAAAAGGACCACAAGAGGAACUUGCAAUGAAGGAUCUUGACGAGAUAACAGCGAAGGCAGAAGUUCUCGAAGCCCUGCAAAGAGUAGCUGGAGAGGAGCACGAAAUAAUUCCUAAGGCUAUUAAACCUUUGCAUAUGGCAUAUGGUGGAACCCAGACCGCUUCAGUGAUUGUCGCAGCAACUGCUGCGAAAAAGAUACUGGGUGAGCAUGGCAAAAUUAAGAUCAGUUGGGUCAAUUGCCGUAUCAGAAGAAUGGAGAGACCGAUAAAGUACUUCAGGUGCUGGCACUACGGGCAUCUCACCACGAAAUACACGAGCACAGUUGACCGAUCCAAGCUCUGCAUCAAAUGCACAGCGACUGGACACAAAGCUUGA